GUUUUCCCUAGAAUUUACUAGGGAGCCCAAAUAUAACCUUACAUUUUGUAAUUUUUGUGUUUUUAGUAAACACUUCCAAAAAUUGUGUUAACACAGUUCAGGGAACCGUGAAAAUGCCUCCAAAACCGAAACUCCACAAAAACAAAGGCAAAAGUGAUUUAAAAUUUUCUCCAAGUACUACAAGUUCAAAUACAACAGAAACACCACCGGAGUCAUCGAAUAUUGCCACUAAUCCGGAAUUACAAGAGCAAUUUGAAACGGAACUUUGCUGGUGUAUUCAGCAAUUGCAAAGGAGCAUUAAUUCUGGUAAACUGAAUCAAAAACAAGUGUUAGAAAGUACUAAAGUGUUAAACAUGUUGAUGAAUAAUACGACACCUUUCAUAAAAAAGCGUCAACUUAUGAGGGUUACAUUUGGUGAUUAUAGAGCAAAAAUGUUGGAAGAAAAUAAAAAAAUGUCAAAAGCAAUCAACAUAAAGAUAUCACCGGCUUCCCCUAGUAAAAAAUCAAAAUUUGUAAAAAAAUCUAUAUUUUCGUCAACAUCUGACAGUAAUUUUAAAUUCAACUUCGACGUGGAAAAUGUUGAGGAUAAUUUAUCCGAGAAUAUAAACAAGAUUGAAUUAACUACGGACAACGAACCUAAGCCAGAGGCAUUUCAUUUUAGGACAUCUGACAAUUCAUUUAAAUUUAAUUUCGUUCCUGAUGAAAGCUAAAAUUUAGUUUAAAUAAAUAAUAAUUAAGAA